GGAUGUCAUUCACUAUUAUCCUAUUUUCCCCACUUCUAGUUUAAAAAAAAAUAAAAAAUAAGUAGACUUGUCGCCAGAAAUAUUCCUGUUACUUUGCCAGCAUUUAGAUGCAAACCGCCACUGUAACUUCAUGAGGGCCUAAUGAGAAACCAAAAUUUGAGAGAAAAUACCAUCCUAUUCUAUUAAUGGCUUCUUUGAAGGAACUCUGCAUCUUCUUUACAAUCUUCCUCUCAAAAUCAAGAACCCAAGUUUCUGCUUUCUUCACUCUCUUCUUCUUCACCUUAACCCUCCUCAUCUUCAUCAUUUUCUUCUCCUCUCCCUCAGUCGUCACCACUAAGAUUCUUGCUUCUCGUCUUCACCCCCACUCAUUUUCUUCCAUUCAUGAAUUUGAUUCUUCCCAUCCCCAUUUCGUACCAGUAUCUGAUACUCACACAACUAGCACUACGGUUCCACGAAAAUCUUGGAUUUUUGAUGUUACUAUUGAAGAAAAGGACAGAUCUUGUGAUAUUUUUGAUGGUGAAUGGGUAGAGGACAAUGAUCUUCAGCCGCUUUAUAAACCUGGUUCUUGUCCAUUUAUUGACAAUUCUUUCAACUGUUUCAAGAAUGGACGUCGUGAUACAGACUAUCUCAGGCUUAGAUGGAAGCCACAUGGUUGUGAAAUCCCAAGGUUUGAUGGGCUGAAAAUGCUGAAGAUAUUGAGAGGGAAAAGACUGGUUUUUGUUGGAGAUUCAUUGAACAGGAACAUGUGGGAAUCUCUGGUUUGUGCAUUGAGAAACUCACUAACUGAAAAGAACAGAGUGAAUGAAGUUUCUGGCCACCGUCAGUUGAGAAAUCAAGGAUUUUAUUCCUUCAAAUUUAAGGAUUUCAAAUGCUCAAUUGACUUCAUAAAAUCUCCAUUCCUUGUUCAAGAAUGGAAGUUCUCUGAUAAAGCUGGAGCACGCCGUGAAACUCUACGGCUCGAUACAAUCCAUGGAUCUCUUACUAAGUACCAUGAUGCUGACAUUAUCAUCUUCAACACUGGUCAUUGGUGGACUCACCAGAAAACUGACAAAGUGAAUAACUACUUUCAAGAAGGGAAUCAUGUUUAUAAAAGAUUAGAAGUGGCAGAUGCAUAUACUAAGGCAUUGAAGACAUGGGCACAUUGGGUUGAUACUACUAUCAACAGCACCAGAACUAAGGUGUUUUUUAGGGGAUACUCAGCGUCUCAUUUCAAAGGUGGUCAAUGGAACUCAGGAGGAAACUGCGAUGGGGAGACAAAACCGAUAGUAAACAAGACUCAAUUAGGUCCAUAUCCAUGGAUGAUGAGAGUUCUUGAAUCAGUAAUAUCAGAAAUGAAAACACCAGUUGUUUAUCUCAACAUUACUAAGAUGACAGACUAUAGAAAAGAAGGGCACCCUUCAAUUUUCAGAGAGGCAAAAUCAAAGAGGAGGCCUGGGAUGUUUCAAGACUGCAGCCAUUGGUGCCUUCCGGGUGUACCAGAUUCUUGGAAUCAGCUACUUUAUGCAACCUUUCUUCAAUCACAACAAAAGUUUUCCCACCCCAAAUAAGUCACCACUCUCUCUCUGGCCUUCUCCUAAGGUCUUGUAAUGUGUAAAUAUGAUUAAAUGCACAUUUUUGCUUUAAACUUUGGUUCCAAGUGAUUGGGGGUUAACAGAAUCACAUUAACAUAGUAGGAGGAAGAAUUAUUCCUUUAGGAAGUUGGAGGAAAGUUACUCAAGUUAAGAGUGGAGGAACAAAAGUGUGUAAUUGUUGAAGGUGCAUUGCUUAAUACUUGAAAAUGUUGUUUUAAUAGCACAUCCACAAUACUUGAAGAUAUUGUUUCAAAACUACUACUUACUUUAUUAACCAGUCUAGGUGAACGUGUUACUCCUACUAUAUUUGAAGAGUACAA